AUGCCGCAAAAGAAUCCAAAUGACAAGAAAUCUAGCCCUCUCAUAAACUUGGUAGCUGGUGGUACCGCAGGCCUAUUCGAAGCACUAUGUUGUCACCCGCUGGACACCAUCAAAGUGAGAAUGCAGAUCGCCAAGAGAACAGAGGGUAUGAGACCUCAUGGGUUCAUCACCACGGGGAGAAACAUCUACUCUCAUGAGGGGUUCUUGGCACUUUAUAAAGGUUUGGGAGCAGUCGUCAUCGGGAUCAUCCCCAAAAUGGCUAUUAGAUUCUCCUCUUAUGAAUUCUAUAGAAAUGCCUUGACUGAUAAGGAGACAAGAACUAUUACUACGGGGAACACUUUCUUGGCUGGGGUCGGCGCUGGUAUUACUGAAGCUGUGUUGGUCGUUAAUCCAAUGGAGGUUGUCAAGAUACGGUUACAAGCUCAACAUUUAAAUGAUUUGAUUCCACAACCAGCUGGUGUCAGUGCUGCCGGAACCGCUGCCACUGUAACUAAACCAAAAUAUGCAAAUGCAAUUCAUGCAGCAUACACAAUCGUUAAGGAAGAAGGUGCAGGCGCCCUUUAUAGAGGUGUGUCAUUGACCGCUGCAAGACAAGCUACUAAUCAAGGUGCCAAUUUCACCGUAUACUCCUAUUUGAAAGAUUAUUUGCAAAAAUAUCAUAAUAGAGAAUCUUUACCUUCAUGGGAAACUUCUUGUAUUGGGUUGAUAUCAGGUGCCAUUGGUCCAUUUUCAAAUGCACCCUUGGAUACCAUUAAGACAAGAUUACAAAAGGAUAAAUCCAUUUCAUCAAACUCCGCAUGGAAGAAAAUUUACAUUAUUGGUACUCAAUUAAUCAAGGAAGAAGGUUUUAGAGCUCUUUACAAAGGUAUUACUCCAAGAGUCAUGAGAGUUGCACCUGGUCAAGCCGUGACAUUCACAGUUUACGAAUUUGUAAGGAAACAUUUAGAAACUUUGAAUUUCUUCGGUGGUUCAGGCCCCUCGGCGAAACCUAAAACUUUGAAAUAA